UUAUUCGGAACGUGUGUGAGGGAAAAAUUUCUAUAUUUAUCAGUUAUAACUUUAUUGUGGUAUAUAUAAUGUUAUCACUUAAAAAGCAAAAACGUAUAGAAUCUAAGAAACGGAAAAUAAAGGCAUUUUUGGAAAUAGCAAAGGCUAAUGAAGAUGAUAAAGAAGCACGUCAGAAAGCAAAAAAAGCUAAGCUAUCGUGUUUAGGCUUACGACAGCGUGCUGGUAAACCUAUAGUAGGCUUAGAGUCAGAAGAUAGUGACAGUGAUAUAGAAUCAAGCGACGUUGAUGAUACAGGUAAAUCACUAGUCUUGAAAAAUGUCGAAGGAGAUAAAACCCAACAAAGUCUGGAUUUUAACUCGGAACAUGAUCUACAAUUUCUAAAUGUGAAUGCUACUAAGAAAAAGCUACUUGAUGAUAGUUUUAAAGGUAUCAAGAUAAAAUCGCAUGUUAAAAUGAAGCAAAAUUCUAUCACUAUUAGUCACGUUAGUAAAAAUAGUAACAAUCAAUUUAGUGAAUUGCAAAACCUUCGUGCUAAACUGCGUGAUCAGAAAAAAAGGAAAAUGUAUCGACCAUUAUUUUAUUUAACAGAUACUGGUUUUGAUGCACAGUUAAAGAGUGAAAUAAAUGCUAAUGGAGAGUAUUCAUUUUUAAAACCAUCACAUAAGCUUUUUGCACAGGAUAUUCAGCAUUUAUUGCUAGUUUCUUUAAUGGGAAGAGAAACUUCGUACAAUACAAGAUGGUGCAGACUGCUGCGCUGGCAGAAAACUAGUCAUGUGGUUGUCCUCGUAGUUGAUAAUGUAUCUGUAGAUGAUUUUUGCAACAAUGUUAAUUGUUUUCCACGUAUGUGUAACUUGUUUAAGCAUGCAGUUGAAUUUCUUUCACCAAAGCUCUAUGGCAUGAAUUUAAUAGAAGAGUUAAGUCAAGUUCCAUUAAGUGUGGGUGGCAGAGAAAAGAUGCUAAAAAAGUUUGGUAAUAUAACAUCUCUCAUGAGUUCAGGAUAUGUUCACAAAGCUUUGUCAGCAAUUUUUCCUAUCACAUUACUAGAGAAAACAAAUGAAGAGCCAGAAAAAAAUAAAACAUCUGGAGAAUGUUGCUCACGUAUUGAGCUUCUGCUGAGCCCAAUUCAGCUGAUAAUGGAAAACUUUCCAUUACCAAUGGUAGAUAAAGAUGAACCCAGUGACUACUGUUUUACAAAGAAGGAAUACUUGGAGGUUUCUCCACAUUCACCACUAUUUGCACUCGAUUGUGAAAUGUGUAUGACUACGGAGAAGAAAUUAGAACUAACACGAGUGUCAAUUGUCAAUGAACACCUUAAAGUUGUUUACAAUAGUCUUGUAAAACCACAUAAUAAGAUUACCAAUUACUUAACUAAAUACAGUGGUAUUACUAAGCCCAUGCUUGAUUCUGUAACUACUAGACUGGAAGAUGUUCAAAAAGAUAUUCAAGACUUGUUGCCUCCAGAUGCUAUUCUUUGUGGCCAUUCAUUAAAUUGUGACCUUCAAGCUUUGAAAAUGAUACAUCCGUAUGUUAUUGAUACAAGUGUAAUAUAUAAUAUAUCAGGAAAACGGUUCAUAAAGCCUAGUUUGAAGAUGUUAUCUUACAUGUUUAUUGGUGAGAAAAUACAAAUGGGAGAUGAAGGUCAUAGCCCUGUUGAAGACAGUUCUGCAACAAUGAAGUUGGUACUUUUGAAGUUGAAGAAUGAUUUACAUUUUGGUGAUGUUGUGUUAGGAGGGACUAUACCUAUACGCAAUAAUUUAAUAGAAGAGAAAGCUCCUUCACACAUUAAUCAUACAGGAUUAGUGACUAGUCUCUUCCGGCAUGCAAAAGAAAGAGGAAAGUCUGUGUGUGUCAUAGGUGAGACAAAAGCUAUAGAACAGUAUCCAAUAGUUGUUCUUGAUACCAAUGUCAGAACAAUUAAGGUGGCAAAAGUUAAGAAAGUUUCCAAAAAAAUGAAAGAGGAAGCAAUUAAUCAUUAUUUGACCCUGGGUCAUUUUGAUUUGCAAAGUGGCUGGCAAAAUGCAGGCUUUACAGAUAUCUUAAAAAAAAUUGACAAAUAUGUUUUUAAGGUUCACAAAGCUUGUGCAGACAGAGCCCUCUUUAUAGUUAUGUUAAGUGGAUGUGCAAAAACUGAAGGUAACGGUGUGUGUUUUGUAACAAUAAAAGAUACGAACCAGUAGUAACUACUGUUGUAAAUAUAUUGUCUUUCGAUUUUGAUGGACACAAAAGUAGUUAUGUAGUGUUAACUGUUAAUACAUGAAGUUAUGAAUCGUGAUGAAAUAAAUACCCAUCUUGUAUCAUGUUUGUUUUUUAUAAAAGGACUAUUUUUAUGUAGAAAGCUCAGAUUUUCUGUUUUCUUAACCUGUUAAUAGUUGUAUAUUUUUUUUUUAAAGCAUACAUUGCAGACUUUAAACUUGUUGAAUUUUCACGUGUUGAACCUAUUUAACAAGUCAUAUGUUUUAAGAAAUUUCACUUCAAUGGAUCUGGUAAGUACGUCUGGUUUAGUAAUUACAAGUCAUAUUAGGAUUCCUAUCACAGGAGGUUACUACUAAUGAACUUAAAAGCAGUUAUCUCUUUCAUCUAUAAUCCAGUGUGUUUGUGGUCAACUCGGGUAAAUAAUGUAUAAAAGCAAAAACAUUUUUGUUGAAAAAGUGAAACACUGAACAAAUAAUUAAAAGCUUAUUCAGACUUGUGAUGGCAUAUAACAGAAUUAUGUAUCAGCACAUUUUUUGUACUUAUUUUAUAAUUUUUAGGGUUUAUUUAUAAUUAAUGUGUUUA